AUGCCGUCGGCGACGGAAUUCUACCAGUCGCAGCUCGGCGGUGCGACCGUCAUCAACUAUGGCUACACCGACAUGCCAUGGCGCCUCCUCGCCAAGGAUGUACGCUACUUCUUCGUCUACUGCUGGGCGCUGCCCUGGAUCCUGUUGCCCCUGCGUCCCUACGGCUCCGGCGAGCUCGACGAGCUGUAUCCCAACCUCCCCAACCUCUUCUGCAUCGGAGUUCACCUCGUCCUCGUCGUGCUGCAGCUAGCCUUCCUGCUCGCCCUGCCCGUCUGCCUGCUCCUCCCCAUCUGGAUGGUGGCCGGCGGCGUGGCCGGCUUCAUGGCCGUCAACUGGGCGCUGUGCAGGCUCCUGAACGGACGGGACAUCCUCUUCCGCUCGGCCGAGGAGUACGCCGAGGAGCUGCCGGAGCACGCGCACGAGCAGUGGGUGUUUGUCAACGGCGUUGCCGUCGGACGACCCGUCUUGGGCAUCCACAACCGCACGUCGGGCAUCCUCUUCGACGUCGUCGAGUGUCUCAUCCAGCGCAACUUCACCUACGCCACGGGCGAGGUGCGUCUCUGCUUCGGCAUGCUGCGAGACAUCCUCUACGACCCGGCCAAGUCCAAGGUCAUCCUCAUCUUGCACUCGCAGGGCGGCAUCGAGGGCGGCCUCGUGCUCGACUGGCUGCUGCAGGAGACGCCCCAGGAUCUGCUCGCCAAGCUGGAAGUGUACACGUUUGGCAACGCGGCGAACCACUUCAACAACCCGCAUCGCCACGUCGCGUCGCAGACGCUGUCGCGGUCCAAUCCGCUCGAGGCCAUGACGACCAUGGUGACCGAGUCGAGCUUCGGCACGCCGGCGGCGAGCCCCGUCGACACCCUCGACGGCAAGGCCGUGGAGCCGCCGGCGCGGCCGUCGGCGGAGUCGUGGUCGUCGCGCACCGUUGUCGCGGCCAAGGACAGGGCGAUCGGCCACAUCGAGCACUACGCCCACAGCACCGACUUUGUCGCCCUCUGGGGCGUGCUGCACUUUUCGACCAACCGGAUGGGCUCGCCCCAGCUGCCGCGCUUCCUCGGCCGGCUGUUCAACCGGUCCAGCAGCCGAGGAGGGCACCAGCUCAACCAGCACUACCUGGACGGCAUGUUCCCGCUGAAGCGAGAUCCGACGACGGGGCGCUUCGUCGGUGCCGACGAGGACAACGACUUUAUGCGCGAGCCGAUCAAGGUCGGCGACGAGGGCGCCGCCAUGGACGGCGCGAGGGAGGCGUUUGCCAUUUCCUACGCCGGCACGCGAGGCUUCGGGUCCGGCGCCAUCGCCACGCCAGUCGAGGUCUGCGGCGCGACGGACGCGACGAGGGCCAAGGAGAGGGGCGUCAGGGUGAAGGAGCUGAGCCGGCUGUGGAGCUACCGGAACGGACGCUCGCCGCCGACGCCCGUGACGCAACACGGGGCGGUGCGCGUGGCGACAAGGCAGGAAACCGUGGAGGUGACGUGUUCGUGA